AUGUCCACCCCUAACACUGAGGAUGACGGCGUUCUGCGCUUCAGACGCGAGUCUGCAGACGCCCGCGACGUCAUGCGCAACUACGAGCGCUCACUGACUGAGGCGGCACUUUCUCCUCUAUCCGGAGUCACACGCAACCCGAGAAAUGUUGCUCAUAGCGUGGCCAUGCGCUCGAUCAAUGCGGCAAAUGGUGGAGGUACCAUUACCCGUCAUAUGUCACCCCAAGCUGUCCACCACUCGCCACAUGCCUUUGCAGACGUACCACCUGUUGAUCUGAUGAUGUUUUCCCCACGUCGACGUGCACUUAGCGCUCACAAACAGUCGCUUGAAGUAGCCAGUGUCCGGGUGAAUGUAGAAGACGAGAAUGAAGGGAAAGCUGAAGAAAGAGUUGGUGAAAUAGAUACACUUCAGCCAAACGAGCGAAGACUAGAUGAAGAUGGAUUUGCUCUGUCGGGAACACGGCAAAGUAAGGUACACUCCGAGAAGCUCCCACUGAUCAAGGAAUUAGAAACAAAAGACACAAAUGAUCCGGACGAAAGUGAAGGCUGUCUGAUCUGUAUGGAUGAAUUCUCUGCCCGACGUAAGGCUUAUCCACUUCCCUGCACUGGUCAAUGUACAGGUGCAUAUGUGCACUACCGAUGCAUAAUGGCCUGGCUAGGCCAAUCCGGUAGCUGUCCUCUCUGUCGCGGAGCUUGUGACCCACUAGUGCUACAGCCAUUGCAAAAGCUUGAGCUUCAAGAUAUGACUAAAAUGGCAUUGCAGCCAGUUCCUCUGGAUGCAGGGAUCAUUCGAUGCUACGUCAAGCAAGUAUAUCGUGGUAUGUUCAAGCAGUACGGCUACGAAAUGUAUCUUCAGGGUCAGAUUGGUACACAAGAAGAAGAUAGGUUCUUGCUGGCGGCCAGACGUCAGGUACGCUCUAAUAUGACUGCAAAUUACACAAUCUCCACAGACAAGGAGUGCACCGAUGUAAAUCGAAUCGGUCGCAUGGGUUCGAAUUUUCUUGGCACGUGCUUCACACUCUACGACAAUGGACGAGACCCUCAGAAAUUGGCAAAGAUUCAAGAUGCAGUGAGUUCAAACGACGUGGUGGUACAAAAUGUGCUUCAGAUUCGAGAGGAGCUUGGCUGUGUCACGUACGAGCCGAAUCGUACGAGUGUGGGUCCACGAAAGAUGAGGGUAGUAAUUCCUGACGUGGACGAGGACGGUAGAUCUUCUAAGAUUGUACGACCAAUGAGUCGUCAAGAUCGACUCGCCACGCGACUUUCUACUGGAGAAAUGAGGGAUUUAAUGCGCUUCUCAAAUCGUGAACCUGUCUUUCGAGAAGAUCUUGGUGCCUACUGCUUGGAUUUUGGUGGUCGGGUGUCAAUGGCUUCUGUGAAGAACUUUCAGCUUAUCAGUAAUGAGGAUCCUUCAAUGGGCAACAUACUUCAGUUUGGUCGUGUCGCUGAUGACAUGUUUACAAUGGACUUUCAAUGGCCGCUCUCACCUUUCCAAGCGUUCGCUAUAUGCCUCAGCAGUUGCGAUACCAAGCUGGCGUGCGUUUAA